AUGGCGGAGAAUGAGAUUGUAGUCGAAGAGGAAGUGCCGCCAUCUUCUUCUUCGCCUUCGUUAAUUGUGGAAGACUACGACCAAGGGACAGAGCUCAAGCACUUGGGUUUCGUCAGAACCGCGGCUCUUUACUUGUGCGUCUGUUUGUCGACGCUCUACGAGUUGGCUAAGGACAACGCUGGUCCUCUCAAACUAGGUGUCGAGAAUAUCGAAGCCACCGUUGAAACGGUACUCUCACCGUUAUACGACAAGUUCAGUGACGUUCCUUACAAGCUUCUCUUAUUCGUCGAUCGUAAGGUGGCCGAUGUGUUCUUCGAUGUGGAAACAUACGUUCCCUCUUUGGUGAAGCAAGCUUCUAGGCAAGCGCUCACCGUGGCCACUGAGGUGAAACGCGCCGGCGUCCUUGAUACGACCAAGAGCAUCGCAAGGAGCGUUUGCGACAAGUACGAGCCAGUCGCUGAGUAUUACGCAGCAACGGUGUGGCGGUUGUUGAACAGAGUGCCCUUAUUCCCUGAAGUUGCGCAGUUAGUGAUACCUACGGCGUUUUACUGGUCGGAGAAGUAUAACGACGCGGUUCGUUACGUUGGGGACAGAGACUACUACGUCGCCGAGUACCUACCAAUGAUUCCUAUCGAGAAGAUCUCUGAUAUUUUGGAACAAGAUCACUGUCGAGCCCACUAG